AUGGCUAUGUCUAAAGCUAGUGUAAGAGAAGAAGAAGACAUGGAGGUAGACGAUGGGUUAUCAACUGUACCAGGACCCUUGUAUAAGUACAUAUGGACAGACUAUGCCAGGAGUGACCCUAGGGUUUGUGAUUCGUAUUUCAUUUAUGAGAAUAUUAAGGCUCACGUGUGGAAACUCACAAAAGUCCAGUAUCAACUUAUGGAAUACUUUUGUUCCCAAGAGGAAAAGAAGCUGAAGAAUAGGUCAACUUACUUUUAUCCGUAUAUACAUGAAAUUCAUAACUAUGAUGCUGUUUUGAGUAAGGAAAUUGUAAGCAUAAUGAAGGACAUAGAAUCAAAAAUUUCACAACUAUGUUAUGUUGAGAUGAAUCAAUCUGUUUCUGAUGAGUUUGGAUAUAACUCUUCUAUUUUGAAAAGAUUAAACACCGCUAAUUGCCUGGUGUGUGUUCCAGAUAAAAGAAUUUGUAUUUUUGCUUCAUCUGUACUUCAUUUGAGCAAUGCUUUUGAAGCUGUGUGCAAUGAGUUUGAAAAAAGAAAUGAGAGUAGCUCUGGAACAAACUUAAAACUUACAAGAAAUCAAGUUUUUGUUGAUAGAAGUUAUUCCAGUACUACUUUAUCUACAUCAGCUUCUUCAAAUGUGACACACAACCAAGAAAAUGAUGGCACUAUGGUUGGUUCAGUGAGGGUAAAGAUAUACAAUGGAUCUAUACUUCAUGCCAGAGUGGAGGCCAUUGUGAAUGCUGCUAAUGAGAGCUUGAGAUUUGAUGCUGGUGUUUCCAGAGUCAUCCGCAAAGCUGCUGGUUCUUUAUAUGAGAAAGGAUGCUUAACUCUGCUUCAGCAAGAAAAUUCAAUUUUUCAGACUUCAAAGUGUUAUGCAAGUGAUCCUGGUGAUCUAAGGGACAAAUUUAAUUGGAUUCUGCAUGCAGUUGGUCCACGUUGGACUGAUUAUGAAAAAAAAGAAGACUGUAUUAACUUGCUAGCUAAUACAGUGACAAAUGUGAUGAUAUCAGCAGAUUCUUUAAGCCUUGCAUCUGUUGCAAUGCCUGCUAUAAGUUCAGGAAAUUCUAGAGUACCAGCUGAAUUGUGUGCCUUUGCGUACAUCAUUGGUAUACGACAGUUUGGAAAAGGCAGGAUUUUGCGAGAGGUUCACUUUGUUGAUACAGACAGUACAGUGGUUGAUAAAAUGAAGAUUGCUUUUAGCAUAAGCGAAAAACAUCCAAUAAUAUCCAUCACACCAGAGACUUUAAAAUCCAUGUAUCCAAUGUAUUUUGAAAUCAGGGAUGAAGACCAAAGAAACAGAAAAUCAGCAUUCAAUACAAAGGCACAGGUAGUCCCAACUCAGCCAAGUGCAUCAAAUACUUCACUCGUGUUCAAAGAAGGAAAUAUCCAUGUGAAAGUCUAUGUGGAGUCUAUAUUGUAUGUGAAAGCAGAUGCUCUUGUGAAUGCAGCCAAUGAAACAUUAUCACAUGGUGCUGGAGUCGCACUUGCAAUAAGUGAUGCAGCUGGAAGAGAAUUUGAUGAAGAAUGUCAAAGAAAACUCAGACUCAAAGGCUCUUUAAAGACCACCCAGGUUCUAGCAACCAGGCCUGGAGACUUGAAAACCCAAUUCAAGUAUAUCCUAAAUGCUGUUGGUCCCAUAUGGAGUCGGUAUUCAGACAAAACUCAAUGCCUCUCUGAUUUACAUGAUACCAUUGUGAAUAUCCUGAAUGAAGCUGAGAACCUUCAUGUCAGAACUUUAGUUAUGCCAGCAAUCAGCUGUGGAAUAUUUGGGGUUCCAUUAAAACUUUGUGCUGAAAUGUACUUGCAAGGAAUAAUAAGUUUCAGCAGACAGACAGGUUUGUAUCUGAAGGAGAUCCACAUAGUAGACAUAGAUGUCAGUGUCCUGAGAGAAAUGACAGAUGCUUACCAUAACUACAAGAAAAACCCAGACUCUAUAUCCAUUCGAGAUGCAAAGACACGUUAUCCUGCCUUGAUGAAAGCCUCGAGAUCAUUAUUGGAAACUGACAGGGAUGAUGAAAAAUCUGGACAACAGACUGCCAAGGUAGCCAUAACUCAGUCAUCUGCAUCAAACAUCCAACCUCUUCAGUUCACAGAAGGUUAUAUCCAGGUGAAAGUCAAUGUGGGGUCUAUAUUGUAUGUGAAAGCAGAUGCUCUUGUGAAUGCAGCCAAUGAAACAUUAUCACAUGGUGCUGGAGUCGCACUUGCAAUAAGUGAUGCAGCUGGAAGAGAAUUUGAUGAAGAAUGUCAAAGAAAACUCAGACUCAAAGGCUCUUUAAAGACCACCCAGGUUCUAGCAACCAGGCCUGGAGACUUGAAAACCCAAUUCAAGUAUAUCCUAAAUGCUGUUGGUCCCAUAUGGAGUCGGUAUUCAGACAAAACUCAAUGCCUCUCUGAUUUACAUGAUACCAUUGUGAAUAUCCUGAAUGAAGCUGAGAACCUUCAUGUCAGAACUUUAGUUAUGCCAGCAAUCAGCUGUGGAAUAUUUGGGGUUCCAUUAAAACUUUGUGCUGAAAUGUACUUGCAAGGAAUAAUAAGUUUCAGCAGACAGACAGGUUUGUAUCUGAAGGAGAUCCACAUAGUAGACAUAGAUGUCAGUGUCCUGAGAGAAAUGACAGAUGCUUACCAUAACUACAAGAAAAACCCAGACUCUAUAUCGAUUCGAGGUGCAAAGACACGAUAUCCUGCCUUGAUGAAAGCCUUGAGAUCUUCAUCUGUGUUUGACGUGGAUGAUAAAAGAGAUCAUGUAGACACAACCCAACAAAGAAACAAUGUGAGAACUCCAAGACCCCUAGAGUUCAGAAGCUCUGAACAGAGGCACACUGAAAACCUCCCUCAAAGCAAGGGAGGAUGUCUUUUCAAAAUGAAGGAUGAAAAAUUUGGAUCACAAAUUGCCAAGGUUUUCAGUUUUCAAAAUAAAAUGGUGGUUAAAAUUUAUACUGGCAGUAUUGUACGGUUUCAAGGGGAUGCCCUGAUAUGCAGCAAUGAUGAUGGAAUGUCAGGAAUUGGUCCUUUAGCAAAGGCUGUUGCAGCAGGAGGGGGAUCAAAAUACAAUGAAAGUUAUUCCAAAAUGAAAAAAAAAUCUCAAUAUGGUUUAUAUAAAUGGAAAUUAGGAGAAGUGGAAACAUGCAGUGGAGGGGAUUUGAAUGUCCGUUUUGUAGUCCAUGCUGUUAUCCAAUCAAUGUUCAGAACAGACCAAGAAAGCCUGAAAUCUUAUAAAACAACAUUGAUGAAAAUAUUUUAUACCAUCAACAGCUACAAGAAUUCAAAAAAAUUUGCCAUGCCUUUGAUUGGUGCAGGUCAAUUAGAAGACAAAGCAGGGGACCUUCAAAAAUGCUGUCAAACUUUUUUCCAAGUUCUUAACGAUUUCUUUGAUGGUCAUCAGGCAGACUGUCGCAUAGGAGAGCUUCAUCUGAUUAAUAGAAAUCCAAAGGUUACUCAAACAUUGAUUGAUAUCUUCAAGUGCAACUGCACUCAACCAUCAGAAUAUGAAAAAAGUCCUGUGAAGAAUGAACAAAAAUCAAGACAUUUAAGUUUUACUGCACCAAGUAAUGAUGAAAAUACUUCCACCAAGUUUCUUGUUCAAAGACAGCACAGUUGGACCAAUUGCACAGAAACCACAGAGAAACAACCUGUAGAGGGCAGAGGAUUAGGUGCUCGGGCAAAAACAGGAAUGUCAAAGUCAAUGUAUGGGAAAUAUCCAAGUGGAGGAGCAACAGGGUUUGACAGAAAUUAUCGUUACACAGGAGACAGUGGUCAUCUGACAGAAGCCAAAUCUACCAGGGACGGUCAAUCAAUGAGGAAUGGAACUGAAGGUGAGAAAACAAAGACUCCAGCAAAGGAAGGAAACUUGUUGAUUAUUAGUGAUGAUGAUGAUGAUGAGAAAAGCCAUGAUAAAACUCAUGAUGAUGAUCAGAAAAGUCAUGAUGAAACUAGUCUACAUGAUGUUCCAAGUGUUGAGAGUAGUGAUGAUAAGACCGCUACCUGUGUAAUAUGUCUGGAUGAUGUGAAGGAUGGUAUGAAACUGGACUGUAAUCACGAGUUCUGUAAAUCUUGUUUGACACAAUCCUUCACAAAACACAAAAAGGCCUGUCCUGUUUGUGGUAAAAUAUUUGGAGAAAUUACAGGAAAUCAGCCUCCGGGAGUAAUAUCUGUUGAAAAAGAGGGACGAUCAUUACCAGGAUACGAGAAUUGUGGAACGAUUAUAGUCAAAUACAACUUUAAAUCAGGAAUACAAGGGCCUGAGCACCCAAACCCUAAACAGCCAUACGAAGGAACAGAGCGACGGGGAUUGCUCCCUGACAACGAAGAAGGCCAAAAGGUCCUGAGACUAUUGAAGAAGGCGUUUGACAGGCGGUUGGUUUUCACUAUUGGGUACUCUAGAACCACAGGAAAAGAUAACGUCGUCACUUGGAAUGACAUUCAUCACAAAACCAAGAGGGACACAGGGGCUCAAAGAUUUGGUUACCCAGACCCCACCUAUCUCCAGAGAGUGCAGGAAGAACUAGCAGCAAAGGGAGUGACAGAGUGACACCAAUAAAAUCAGGAGACUCUUCCCUAGUUUCUAUAACGUAGAUACAUGUACUGUUAUGAUUGACUCUUGCCAAGAGUAUGUGAUAUAAUUAUAAGUAUUCAACAAUCAAAUUAUUUAUUGGAUUGUUAGUGAAAUCGGUCAGUUUUACUAAACUUUAAAAGAGUGUCUUUUUAAUGAGUGGGAAAUACUUGUGAAUUUUACUAUGGGUAGAGUGACUGCUGGGUUGCAAAAAUUAUCACCAGAUAAACAUUUUUUUUAUAGAGGCCUGGGAUAUUGAACUAUGCUAUGAAUAAUAUGUCCUAUGAAAAUAUGAUUUUUUUACUUGUGCAAAUUAACCCCUUAAAAGUCUUUAUUUCAUGUGGUCACUGAAUUUUACCCUUACAAAAAUGUCCACAUUUACAGUCAGCUGCAUUUUUGUGAUGUCCUGACAUGUUGACCUAGUAUGUUUUAUUUCGUGUACAUUAUACACUUUCUUAACUUCUAGCUACAGCCAGUGUACAGUCGAUCAUGGAUAUAAUUUGGACUUUUCCAAAGGUACGAUCAUUGAUGUACAAUGUAAUUUGGAUUUUCCCCACAUAUGAUGAAAUUUAUAGUUCUUUUCAUCAUCUUAAAACCUCAUGUAAAAUCACUUGAAUUCUGUUACAUUAUUAGUUUCAAUUCAUCUGUAAAAAAUUCAUCACUAUUUUAUAUACCAUAACAGCCCGAUUAGAAAACUUAGUUUGAAACCAGUCGCUAAACUAUGGUAAAUUAAUGUCAGUACGAUUAACAUUGAUGUCUUAUGUAUAGCACGUUAUUUGAUUUUCUUGCAACUACUGUACACAGAGUUACGUCAGUCCUGUGUUAUUUUCACCCUUCUUCAUUGAAACGGUUUUGCCUCAUCUUGACUUUGCCCAGACAAAGUUGUGUCUAAAAAGAGAUAAUUUGAGACAUUGAAAUUCGCCCAGUCGUGAAUUUGCCAGUUGACAACAAGGAUGAAUAUUUCCCUGUAUAUAGUAUUCUGUUAGUUUAAUACACAGAUCACAAUCGACUGUUACAUAAUAUAUCUACAAAUCUUAUUCGUUGUAAAUAUUCACCCUUAAACACUACCAUU